GGUAUAUUUCAACGAUUGUACUUCGGUAACACUGCCCACACAUGUGUGCUGAAGUAAACUUCUGGUCGUUAAAUAACAUAUCCGAAAACAAAGAUAAACAUAAAUAGAUAUUUAAACCAUGUCGGUCCGCGCGAUGGGAGUGCUUUGCCAGGCCCGAAACCUGGCCCGUCUUGGAGGCGUUUUUAGGCAAAACCGCAUACCUGCAGCCGCAGCGGUCCAAACCUUUGCUCCGCGGUUACAUCAAUCGCAUACCGGCCUAUCCUUUCGCCGCUUCGCCACUGAAUCCAAGGAGGCGGCGCAGGGAACGGUAGACAAACACGAGUUCCAAGCGGAGACGCGGCAGCUGUUGGACAUUGUGGCCCGCUCGCUUUACUCUGACCACGAGGUCUUUGUGCGGGAACUUAUCUCUAAUGCCAGCGACGCGCUGGAGAAGUUUCGCUACACCUCGCUGAGCGAUAGCGGAACGAAUCUAGCUGGCAAGGACCGACCUUUGGAGAUUCGCAUCACUACAGACAAGCCGCUGAUGCAGCUGAUCAUACAGGACACCGGCAUUGGCAUGACCAAAGAGGAGCUAGUUAGCAACUUGGGCACAAUCGCGCGCAGCGGCUCGAAACAGUUCUUGGAGCAGAUGAAGGUCAACCAGCAGAAUGCCACCUCAGAAGCCUCCUCCAACAUUAUUGGCCAGUUCGGUGUCGGCUUCUAUUCGGCCUUCAUCGUGGCCAACAAGGUAGAGGUGUAUACGCGGGCAGCUACGCCUGAUGCAGUCGGAUUGCGUUGGUCCACUGAUGGCAGCGGCACGUACGAGAUCGAGGAGGUGUCGGACGUGGAGCUAGGUACAAAGAUCGUACUGCAUCUGAAGACCGAUUGCCGUGAGUAUGCGGAUGAGGACCGGAUCAAGGCUGUGAUUAAGAAGUACAGCAACUUCGUGGGCUCCCCCAUUUUGCUAAACGGAAAACAGGCCAACGAGAUAAAGCCGCUGUGGCUGCUGGACCCGCAGAGCAUCAGCCAGGAGCAGCAUCACGACUUCUAUCGCUUCAUUAGCAACAGCUUUGAUGUGCCGCGAUUCACGCUCCACUACAAGGCCGACGUGCCCUUGAGCAUUCACGCGCUGCUUUACUUCCCCGAGGGAAAGCCGGGCUUGUUCGAAAUGUCCCGAGACGGCAGCACUGGUGUCGCCCUGUACACGCGCAAGGUUCUCAUCCAGUCGAAGACAGAGAACCUCCUGCCCAAGUGGCUGCGCUUUGUUAAGGGCGUGGUCGACUCUGAGGACAUUCCGCUUAACCUGAGCCGCGAGCUUCUGCAGAACAGCAGUCUGAUCCGGAAAUUAUCGAGCGUAAUAUCCACCCGUGUGAUCCGAUUCCUGCAGGAGCGCGCUAAAAAGCAACCGGAGGACUAUGAAACCUUCUAUCGCGAUUACGGGCUCUUCCUAAAGGAGGGCAUUGUGACAUCCAGCGAUCCAUCCGAGAAGGAAGAGAUUGCCAAACUACUGCGAUUUGAAUCUUCAAAAUCCGAGUCGUCAAGCGGUCGCAUGUCACUAGAGGAAUACUAUAACGCUGUUCCCGCUGACCAGCAAAACAUAUACUAUUUGGCAGCCCCUAACCGCGUCCUAGCAGAAUCCUCGCCCUAUUACGAGAGUCUGAAGAAGCGCAAUGAGCUUGUGCUGUUCUGCUAUGAACCUUAUGAUGAGCUUGUGCUCAUGCAGCUGGGCAAGUUUAAGAGCAAAAAUCUCGUCUCUGUGGAAAAGGAAAUGCGCCAGGAGUCAAAGGAAACGGCUGCGACCACUGACUAUGGCGAGGGCAGCCUGCUGCGAUCAGAGCUGGAUCAGCUCAUUCCUUGGCUGGAAGACGAACUGAAAGGGCAGGUAAUCAAGGUGAAGCCCACAUCUCGCUUGGACACGCACCCGUGCGUUAUCACUGUUGAGGAAAUGGCAGCGGCACGCCACUUCAUUCGUACCCAGAGCCAUCAGGUCCCAGAGCAAAAUCGCUUUGCUCUGCUGCAGCCGGAACUGGAGAUUAACCCGAAGCACCCCAUAAUCAAGAAGCUAAAUAAGUUGCGCGAUAGUGACAAGGAGCUGGCACAAUUGAUCACAAAGCAGCUCUUCGCCAACGCUAUGGUCGGCGCUGGUCUGGCGGAGGAUCCUCGCAUGCUACUGACUAAUAUGAACACUCUUUUGUCACGGGCCCUGGAAAAAUACUAGAAUGGGACGUCAUAGUAAUCUGUAUAAUUAGUCCUAAUAACCAUGUUGAAAUAGUUUUAAACAUAAAACAAACCUUUUUUGCGAAGGCUGUUAUAUAUGUUGUUUCUAAUUCGAAUACUGCGAUUCGAAUGCGGUAGUCCAUAACCAAACAAUCGCAUACUGCCAUUGUCGCACGUCUCGUAGAGAAUAUGACUGUGAUUCAAUUGGCACGUGUGCCAUUUUAAAUAAUCAAAAAAAAAAUGUUUGUUUGCUGUACAAUAUGUGUUUAAAAUGAUUUUUGUUAUAUUCCAUGUCAAUAGAAUGCAACAAAAAUUCUCAGUAGAGCCUUAAA